ACCCUGAAUUGGAAAUUUGGAUUUGUCAUAUUGGUUCUAGCUCUGCAUCCUAAAACACUACCAGCUGAUAGUACACAACAGCUGUUGACUGUGCUGAUGUCUUUAUCCAGAGUAGGCUUUCUGAUAAACCUGGAUGGAAACACCCAAUGGAACCGUUCUGAGCGAGUUCAUUCUCAUGGGCAUCACAGACCGCCCUGAGCUGCAGGCUCCGUUAUUUGGGCUCUUCCUCGUCAUCUACGUGAUCUCAGUGGUGGGCAACUUGGGCAUGGUCAUCCUCACUAUGGUGGACUCCGGGCUACAGACACCCAUGUACUUCUUCCUCAAACAUCUAUCUCUCACUGAUCUGGGUUAUUCAACAACCGUGGGACCCAAAAUGUUAGCAAGUUUUGUUGUGGAUGAAAAUACAAUCUCCUAUUACUUUUGUGCCACACAAGGAGCUUUCUACAUUAUGUUCAUCAUUAGUGAAUUUUUCAUUCUGUCACUAAUGUCCUAUGACCGCUAUUUGGCCAUCUGUAACCCUCUGCUCUACACAGUCAUCAUGUCACAAAGGGUAUGUCUGGUUCUGGUGGCAAUCCCCUAUCUCUAUAGCACAUUUGUGUCUCUUCUAAUCACUGUAAAGAUAUUUAAUUUAUCCUUCUGUGGCUACAAUGUUGUCAGUCAUUUCUACUGUGACUGUCUCUCCUUGUUAUCUUUGCUCUGCUCAGAUACACAGGAUAUUGAAUUGAUUAUUAUGAUUUUCUCAGUGUUUAAUUUGAUUUCAUCCCUUCUGGUGGUUCUUGUGUCUUACCUGUGUAUCCUUGUAGCCAUUCUCAGGAUGAACUCCACUGGGGGUCGGCACAAGGCUUGGUCUACCUGUGGAUCCCACCUGACAGUGGCGACAGUGUUCUAUGGGACUUUACUCUCUAUGUAUUUGCAGCCCAAGUCCAGGCAUUCCUUUGACACUGACAAAGUGACUUCUAUAUUUUAUACUCUCAUUAUCCCCAUGUUGAAUCCCUUGAUCUAUAGCUUGAGGAACAAAGAUGUAAAAUAUGCUGUUCAUAGGAUAUGGAAAAAAAUAUGCAAUAUCUUUUCUUAAAUUCAUUUUACUAUGUGGUUCCUCUGAAUUAGGCUAUGAACAUUAGGAAGCAUUGCUAUGUGCUCCCUCAGAGGGAAAAGGAAGGAUAAAUGAGUUCAACAUGUAUUUAGAGAUUGACUUCUAAGCACCAGCCAUACUUCUAAGUGCUCUAAAUGCAUUAGUUAAUGAACAAU